AUAACUGGAUUUGUUUUUCGUACAAACCAUCGAUAUCUGGCAUCAGUUGUACAAAAAUAAAUUAAGUGGCAGCUCUACUCUGCAAAGAUGGCUGGCAUAGUUAAAAGUGGUAAAAGUGCUUGCAGCUGCGAACAUUUCGUAUAAAAAUUAUUAAAAAUAAAAACAAACAGUGCACAAAAACAACAAUUUCCUAAAACAAUCACAGUUCUUGCCACACAGUUAAUGAAUUAAACAAAUUAACUAUACAUGUGUUGAAGUAAUAUAAAUCACCAAAAAAUUCUAAUCAGCAACGAAUGAGAAGAACCAAGGCAAAUGUAAAAAUAUAGGUACGCGAGAAUUCCUUCCAUAUAUGAGCGUAAUGUUCGAAAAACGAACGGCGACAAAGCGACCCUCAAAAUACGGUGGGCAAAAUUUGUGAGACUGGCAACGCUGUACGAAAAACAAAAUGGCGAUUUUCGACAAAUGACUUGUGAAUGGAAAGCGAAGACGACGUGAAAAAUUUCUGUGUGCUGCGUUGGAGAAAAAAAUUUUCAAUACCUGACAAGAGAAAAAGAAAAGUAAAUUAAGUGCAUUUUUGCCAUUAAAAUAUUGAAAAUUCCAAUAAAUAAAGUGAAUAAUUAAUGUCUGCUACAAGAAUAAAGCCCAUGCGGAUUAAAAAAUAUCAUGAGUCAAGAACACAAUGAAUCCUUUAAUAGUAUAGGAUCGGAAGAGAAUGACGACGAUAACCGUGGAGAAGAAGAAGAGCAGCAUAAUGACGGAUCGGGCAGUGGCAGCGGUAGUUCGUCCGAAUCUGAUUCCGAUUCAGACAGUUCAUCGUCCUCAUCAAAUUCUAGCGGUGGGGGACGUUCGUCACCCGAACCACCAGAUCGAGACGAAGAUGACAAUGCCCGGGACGGACAUCAAGAGUCGGUCUAUCGUCAACAGCAAGAAGAAGAGAAACAAAAACAAUUUGCAGAAGCUGGACUUCCACCAUCAGCCGUUGAGGCCCAAGAAGAUACCAAAACAAAUACAAAUGGCUAUUCCGAUGACAAUGAAAGCGGCAGCGAAAGCGGUAGCAAUUCCGAUUCAAAUUCAUCAAAUGAUGAAGAUGAUACCAAUGAACAUCAUCAUGCAGCAAGAGAAGAAGUUGCAAAUAACAAUGACGACCGAGACGACGGACACAAGGAACAACAUAAUGCUAACCAUAAUACGACGGGGGGAACAUCGGUUACCUCGGUCACAACAGAUAACAAUACCUCACACACAACAAACGAUGAUGAAGAUGAUUCCAAUGAUUCGAACGAUUCGGAAGAUUCGAAUAGCGAUAAUCAGGAAGAAAACGAGAGUCAAUCGGCUGUGGCUGUGGCGGCGGCGACGAAGACGACGACAGCGUCCGAAGCUGUGAACCAUCAAGAGGCAAACAGUGAUGCAGGCGACAAUGACGAUGAGGCCUCCGAUUCUGGAGAAUCUGGCAAGUCUUCAAACUCUUCAGCCCAUUCGGCUUCGGAGUCCAGUAGUAGCAGUAGCAGCAGUAGUAGUAGUGAGGACACCGAAGAGGAUUAUCAACCAAAACGUUCCGCUCGUCAGGCACGUAAGCCACAACCUGUUCCCGAAAGGGCCAAGAAACCAGUUAAAAAGAAAAAGAAACAAAACUGGAAUUCCGACGAGAGCGACGAAAGCGAUGAAGACAGUGAAGACUCGGCGCCCCCUGCAAGACGUAAGCCCCCAGCAAAACAAAAUAAACAGCCGAGAAGAAAUCGAAAGAGCGCCUCGACGGAAGACAGCGGAGAAGACAGUAAAAGAUGUGGAACACGUCGAGCUGCAGCUGCUGUUAGCUAUAAGGAAGACUCCGAUAAAACUGAUCCCGAUGAUCUGCUAGAAGUGGAAUACGAUGAAAGCCAAGCAGAAGCAGCCGCAUUGGCAGCCGAGGAAGAUGAGAAAUGUGAAACGAUAGAAAGGGUCUUGUAUAAACGUCAGGGCCGGAAAGGUUGCACCGGCAAUCAAACUACCAUUUAUGCCAUUGAAGAUAGUGGCUGUGAUCCCAAUGAUGGUGUUGAUGAAAAUGAUUUGGAAAACACCGAAACACAAUAUCUGAUCAAGUGGAAGGGCUGGUCUUACAUCCACAACACCUGGGAAUCGGAGGCCACACUGAAGGAACAAAAAGUCAAGGGUAUGAAGAAAUUGGAUAAUUUCAUUAAAAAGGAACAGGAGCAAGUCUAUUGGAUGCGCUAUGCCGGUCCCGAGGACAUUGACUACUACGAGUGCCAAAAGGAGUUGCAAAAUGAUUUGAUCAAAUCGUACAACAGUGUGGAUCGCAUAAUUGCUCGCAAUGUUAAACCCGAAGGACCUGUGGAAUAUCUAUGUAAAUGGCAGUCGCUGCCAUAUGCCGAGGCCACCUGGGAGGACGGUGCUUUGGUGAUGCGUAAAUGGAAACGUUGUGUCGAUCAGUUUGAGGAGCGAGAAAUGUCCAAAUGUACCCCAUCGCGGCAUUGUAAAGUUUUGAAAACACGUCCCAAAUUCUAUAAAAUCAAAAAUCAACCCGAUUUUCUCAGGGAAGGCCUGUCACUGCGUGACUAUCAAAUGGAUGGCCUCAAUUGGCUACUGCAUUCGUGGUGUAAAGAAAAUUCCGUUAUCUUAGCCGAUGAAAUGGGUUUGGGUAAAACCAUACAGACCAUUUGUUUCCUCUAUUCCCUGUUUAAGGUCCAUCAUUUGUAUGGGCCCUUCCUGUGUGUGGUGCCGCUGUCCACGAUGACGGCGUGGCAGCGUGAAUUUGAUCUCUGGGGACCCGACAUGAAUGUGGUCACCUAUUUGGGUGAUGUGAAAUCACGUGAAAUGAUACGUCAGUUCGAGUGGACAUUUGACGGUUCAAAAAGACUGAAAUUUAAUUGUAUUCUCACAACAUAUGAGAUUGUCUUAAAGGACAAAUUAUUCCUUGGCACCUUGCAAUGGGCAGCAUUGCUUGUCGACGAGGCUCAUCGUUUAAAAAAUGAUGACUCUCUUCUCUAUAAAUCGCUCAAAGAGUUCGAAACUAAUCACAGAUUAUUGAUAACCGGUACACCACUGCAAAACUCGCUCAAAGAACUUUGGGCUCUGUUGCAUUUUAUUAUGCCCGAAAAGUUUACCACCUGGGAAGAUUUUGAAUCUGAACAUGGCAAUGCGGCCGACAAGGGCUAUACAAAACUGCAUCAACAGCUGGAGCCGUAUAUUUUGAGACGUGUAAAGAAAGAUGUCGAGAAGUCGCUACCAGCAAAAGUGGAACAGAUUUUACGUGUCGAAAUGACCUCGCUACAAAAGCAAUACUACAAAUGGAUAUUAACAAAGAAUUUCGAUGCACUGCGCAAGGGCAAAAAGGGCUCCACAUCGACCUUUUUGAAUAUUGUCAUUGAGCUGAAGAAAUGCUGUAAUCAUGCGGCAUUGAUACGACCCUCUGAGUUUGAAUUGAUGGGUAUGGGACAAGAUGAGGCAUUGCAAACGCUUUUGAAGGGUUCUGGCAAAUUAGUUUUAUUGGAUAAGCUCCUAUGUCGCCUCAAGGAAACCGGCCACAGAGUACUCAUCUUUUCGCAAAUGGUUCGAAUGUUGGACAUUUUGGCGGACUAUCUGCAGAAGAGACAUUUCUCCUUUCAACGCUUGGAUGGCAGCAUAAAGGGUGAAAUCAGGCGGCAAGCUUUAGAUCAUUUCAAUGCCGAAGGCUCACAAGACUUUUGCUUUUUGCUCUCCACCCGUGCUGGAGGAUUGGGUAUCAAUUUGGCCACAGCAGACACUGUGAUUAUUUUCGACUCAGAUUGGAAUCCUCAAAAUGAUUUACAAGCCCAGGCCAGAGCCCAUCGUAUUGGCCAAAAGAAUCAGGUGAAUAUUUAUCGGCUGGUAACGGCUCGCUCUGUGGAAGAGCAGAUUGUUGAAAGGGCCAAACAAAAGAUGGUCCUCGAUCACUUGGUGAUACAACGUAUGGACACGACAGGUCGCACUGUUCUAGAUAGAGGCGGUUCUGGUGGUUCCAAUCACACACCCUUCAAUAAAGACGAUUUGUCUGCCAUUUUGAAAUUUGGUGCCGAAGAACUGUUCAAAGAUGAACAGGAUAACGACGAGGAAUUAGUUUGUGAUAUAGAUGAGAUUUUAAGGAGGGCCGAAACCCGCAAUGAAGAUCCUGAAAUGCCAGGAGACGAUUUGCUGUCGGCCUUCAAAGUAGCCAGCAUUGCGGCGUUUGAAGAAGAACCCGACACUGCCACUAAGGAUAAUGAUUCGAAUAAUCAGGGAGCCGAUGAGGAUGAUACAAAAGACUGGGAUGACAUUAUACCCGAAGAUUUUCGGAAAAUUGUCGAAAACGAAGAGAAAUCUAAGGAAAUGGAGGAUCUCUAUUUGCCGCCAAGACGAAAAACAGCAGCUAACCAACAGGAGAAGAAGGGCAAGAAGGGUCAAGCGGCGGCAGAUGACAGCAAUGAUUCGGACUAUGAUGGUGGUUCAGAUGGCAGCAAUGAUGGCGAAGGUGGUGGCAAGUCGAAGAGACGUGGAAGGCCGGCAAUGAAGGAGAAAAUUGUUGGCUUCACCGAUGCCGAAAUUCGACGUUUCAUUCGAUCGUACAAAAAGUUCCCUGCUCCCCUAGAACGUUUGGAAGCCAUUGCCUGUGAUGCUGAGCUGCAGGAGAAGCCAUUGGCCGAACUGAAACGCAUUGGUGAAAUGCUGCAUGAUCGCUGUGUCCAGUUUCUGGAGGAACACAAGGAUGAUGCUGCCAAGAAAACAGCAAAUGCAAAUGAGAAUGCAGCUGGCGACGAUGCCGGAGCCAAACAAAGACGUAGCCGAGCUACAUACUCCGUAAAAUUAGGUGGUGUCUCUUUCAACGCCAAAACAUUACUCACCUGCGAAGAAGAAUUGAAGCCAUUGAACAGUGUCAUUCCCGCCACAAUAAACGAACGUCUUUCCUGGUCUUUGGACCUGAAGACACGACCUGCCAAUUUUGAUGUAGACUGGAGUGUGGACGAAGAUUCCAAACUGUUGUGUGGUAUCUAUCAGUACGGCAUUGGGUCUUGGGAACAAAUGAAAAUGGAUCCCAGCCUCAAGCUGACGGAGAAAAUACUGCACAACGAUGAUCGUAAACCGCAAGCCAAGCAUUUACAGUCGAGAGCAGAAUAUCUGCUCAAGAUAAUCAAAAAGAAUUUGGAGACCAAAAAGGGGGCUGAAACCAAAAAACGGAAGCCCAGAAAACAAAAAGAAUCUAAGGCGGUGGCCAAUGCAGCAGCCGUUAACUCAGCGGCGGCCCAGACGCCAGAGAGGAAAUCACGUCAUGUCUCCGAAGGUGAUGAACUUUCACAAACGGCCGGCGAUAGCAAUGCCGCCGCACCUACCGAAAAGAAAUCUCGCAAGGAACGCAAAGAAAGUGCCAAAGUAACGGCAGAUCAAUCACUUGAUGAAACAACAUCACACGAUGUGGAUGCAUCCAACACCUCGACGACCACAACUAGCAAGAAAAAGAGUAAAAACUCCACCAAAGACAAGGAUGGUACUCCGAAAUCCUCGGCCAAAACGAAAAAAGCUGCCUCGGCUGAUUCCACCAAUAAACCCAUGCAUUUUACGGCCAACAAUGAACCUCGAGCUUUAGAAGUUUUGGGUGAUUUAGAUCCGAAUAUUUUCAAUGAGUGUAAGGAGAAAAUGAGGCCAGUGAAGAAGGCUCUUAAGGCCCUUGAUCGUCCCGAUACAAGUCUCUCGAGUCAAGAUCAAAUCAAGCAUACCAGAGAUUGUAUUUUGUCCAUAGGCAAACAGAUCGAUGCCUGUCUGGAUGCCUACAACAAGGAUUCGGAGAAGAAGGAGUGGCGCUCGAAUCUGUGGUAUUUUGUUUCGAAAUUUACGGAAUUCGAUGCCAAAAAACUUUUCAAAAUGUACAAAAAUGCCCUUAAGAACACAGAUGGUGGCGGCGAUAGUGGCACACCGAAAUCAUCUGAUAAGACAAAAUCCUCCUCCAAAUCCCCACAGAAGCGGUCGCAAGAAGAUUCUUUAACACAAAACGGUAAAGAGGACACGGCGAAUAAGUCGCCAGUGAAAAAGAAGAAAAAGGACAAGGACAAAGAAAAGGAAGAUACAAAUCAAGGCACACCAAAGUCGGAACGAUUUAUGAAAGUUGGUAAUUCGAACAAGCCGCCGCCGCCGCAUACACCCGGCAUGAACCCGCAUAUGAAUAAAAACAAGAGACCGCCACCCCAAACGCCUGGUGGGGCGGCUGGUCAUAACAGUUCUCCGAUGAAACGAAAGCGGGAGGAAAAUGAUGGUGGUGGCGUUGCAAGUAUGAUGGGAGGAGGAGUUGGUGGUGAUGGCAAGGGGUUAUCAUUUAAAAGGCUCAAUAUGGAUGAUCAGGGAGGAAGAAAUCGCGAUGAUCGCAAGAACCGCCAUCGUGAGGACUAUUACGGCAGUGGAAAUAGCCAUGAUGGUCUGAACACUAGUCGUGGCAGUGCCAAUAAUGAUCGUCGCACAUCAAUGAAUUCACCUUCUACGCCGAAUAAUCGCAUGCAUCCGAACAACUCACGCCUACCGCCAGGAUCCACAUCCUCACCCUAUUGUGAUGGCAGUGGGGGUGGUGGUGGACCUGGGGAUCGUUGGGGUCAUAAUCGAGAUCGGUAUAGCAGUGGCAGCGGUGAGUACAAUAAACGUGAACGUUAUGACUCCUACAACAACCGAUCUGGCGGAGGAGGAGGUUAUCAUCGAGAUCACAAGGAUCGAGAUAGAGGAGAUCGAAGAUUUGACAAAAGAAGAUACCCACCUUCACACCCGCCACCCCAUGGCUAUGGUAAUCAUUAUAUGCCGAAUUAUUAUAUGUCACCUAAUGGUGUUGGACCACCAGUUAUGGGCGGUGGUGGACCCCAUGGUGGUUAUAGUGGUGCUGGCCGAGGCCCAAACAUUGGUGAUCCACGUUAUAAUCAUUCGGCCGAUUGGUCAAGAGAAUAUCCACCUGAUUCGUAUAGAAGAAGCGGUGGUGGAGGAGGAGGAGGAGGUCCACCUCCUGGCAGUGGAGGCAAUAAUAAUAGUACAGCAGCUGCUGGCCCCAUUCCACCUAGUGCUGAAAGAAGACCGCCACCACCACCAUCAUCAUCCCAAACAUAAUACACAACAAAAGAAUAAGACUAGAAGACUUUGUGUGCGAAAGAAAACCAACCCUCAAGCUCAUACAAUAACAACAAUUUUCAACAACAAAAAAUUAAUAGAAUUCUUGCAUUCUUAUCCUCCUCCGGUUCACUAUCUAUAUACGAUGUUUAGAUCAUUUUUGAUGUGUGUAAAAUCAGUUUCAUUUGAAAUGAAAAAUUCCACCCACACUCCAUGUACAUUUCUCUUCUUGAACUAGCGUUUCGAUUUCAUUUAUACCACCCAGAUCCACAUUUUUUGCCAACAAAAUUCAUUAUACAUAUUAAUUGUAUUUACAUUUAUAUAUAUAGAAACAACAGCAACAACAACAAUGUGUAUGUAAUAUAUGUUAGAAAUGUAUAACCAAUCACUUAACCACAAAAACCAUUAGCAGACUCAUGAUAACAUUUUUUUUGUUGUUUCCAUAAAUUCUUUAAAGGGUUUAAAUGCAGUUUUACAACAUGAACGCAAUUUUUUUUAUUUAGAUUCAUUCAUUCUAGCCCAAACAUAAUCUUUCGUUUGUUCCUUCUUUACAUUUGUAUGUGUAGUUUAAGGAUUUAAUUUGUUUGCUUGAAUUUUGACGAGUUUUUUUUUCCCUGAACUCUUAUCUCAUCUUACCACUGCAACUUCUCCUCCCAUCUACAAUAUCUACCUGUCUAUGGAUAUAAUUAACUUGCUGCUGCAUAUAUGUGUAUACAUAUGUAUUAGCUUAGAUUUCAUUUGAUUUUUAAAUUCACUUUAGGUUAUUUUCUAAUGUCCUUUUUUUACAUACUCUUUAUAUAUAUACAUAAACAAAUGUAAUUCUUACAAAAUACUGUAUAAAGUAUAUUUUAAGUUUAAGUUAAGGAUAUUUCUAUAUUAUAAACAAAAAACAAAAACAACAACAACCCACAUUACAUAUAAAUAUAUUGAAAAAACAAACAGACCCCAUUUAUUUAUAAAAAAGAAAAAAAAAACGAAAUCAAAUUCCAAAUUGGAAUUUUUAAAUUUAUUGCUUAAUAUUAAUUAUAAUUAUAAUAAUAAAAUAAAAAAUAAACAAAAAAAGAAAAUACUAUUAAAAAAAAAAACAAAAACAACACACAAAAAUAAAGGAAUAUCAUUUUUGGGAUUGUCCAUGAAAAAAUUA